CGAAAAGAAAAGAAAAACCUCAAUGGCAGCAAUGAAGCUUCUACUCUCUCAAGCUCGCCGCCAAGCUCUCACCAAACCCUUCUCCUCCCCAUUUCCACAAAUCCAUAGACUCUUCUCAUCCUCUCCAUCAUCAGAUUCGAAUCCAAACCCUCCGCCGAAUGAAUCUCCCAAAAAGCUCGAGCCGGUGUCAUACGCCGCCAAACCCUCCGAACCCUCUUCACCGGAAGAUCUCUCUCGUCUGACGCGAGAAGAGAUCCGAUACACAAAAGACUCUCCUUCACUCACUCCCGUAUCCUACGCGCAGCGCGUGGCUCCGCUUCCAGAGGAUCGCGUCGUCAAUGAGGAAGACAGAGAGAGAACUCCAGAGGAGAUGGAGAUGGAGAAGAAGAGGAUUGAUUCGGAGAAUCGAGCGAGGAGAAGGUUCUUGAGAGCUACAGCUGUGGAAGAAGAUACUUCUUCGCUUCCUUUGCCGACGUUGCUUAAACCGGAGCUGAAGCAUGGAAAGAAACCUAUUUUCGAUCUCAUGGAAGCUAUUAGAGAGAUAAAGGGCAAUGCCAAGGCUAAGUUUGAUGAAACUCUUGAGGCUCAUGUGAGGUUAGGCAUUGAAAAAGGCCGAUCUGAGCUGAUUGUUCGUGGUACUUUGGCGCUACCACACUCUGUUAAAAAGGAUGUGAGAGUGGCUUUCUUUGCCGAGGGUUCGGAUGCUGAGGAUGCAAAGGCUGCAGGAGCUGAUGUUGUUGGUGGUCUUGAGCUUAUUGAGGAAAUCUUAAAAAGUGGCAAGAUCGACUUUGAUAGAUGUCUUGCAACUCCCAAAAUGAUGCCCCGUGUUUACAAGAUAUCGAGGAUUCUUAACAACCAUGGUCUGAUGCCUAACCCCAAACAAGGUAGUGUGACGAAGGAUGUAAUGAAAGCAGUGAAAGACGCAAAAGCAGGACAUACCAAAUUCAGAAUGGAUAAAACUUCCAUUCUUCAUGUGCCACUUGGAAAGAUGAGCUUCCCUGAGGAUGCUUUGAAGGAGAACGUUGGUGCCUUCAUGAACGCCCUUUUGCUGGCUAAGCCUGCAGGAUUGAAAAAGACUUCAAAAUAUGCUGGUUAUGUGAAUGCAUUCCACUUAUGCAGCACGAUGGGAAAGGGUUAUCCGGUAUCGAUACAGUCGCUAUCUAGAGCAGCAGAUCACUAUACCAAAUUGCAGCUCAAGUGAGAGUGAGCAAUAGACCCCAAAAGAUAAAAAUCUUGUUGUUGCAGGCGUUUUCAAUUCUUCCCGGGGAAGAUUUAUUACUUGUUUCCGAAUGUUGAAUUUUUGGAACAGUCUUAUGACUUGUUGUUUACUAGGUUAGUCUUUUCAUAGUGGAUUGGAUUGCUUUAUACAAUCCAAGUCAAAUUCAUGUCUUAAUAAUGAUAUGACAAUGUCUAAAUUGCUACUCAU